AUGUCCAGGCUCCUGGAGGGCGACGACACCAGGCUUCACUUGAAGAGGGUUGAUGAUACCUUUACACAAAAGACGGUUAAUGAUGCGAGAAAGAGGAAGUGGAGGAUGCCACAGAGGAAGCAAACGAAGAGGUCUGGACAUCCUGCAGGCGAGGAAUUGUUGGACGAGAUGGUGUGGGAGAUCUUAAUCCGGCUGCCUGUGGAGUCGCUGGCUAGGUUCAAGUUGGUUAGCAAGGUCUGGUACACCAUUAUCUCCCAACCUGUUUUUGUUCGUGCACACCUCCAACGCUCCAAACAGAAACAACAUCACAAUCCGUCUUCCUUCCUCAUCACCCCCCAGAUUUAUCUAGAUUCCAAUCCCUCAGGCAUUUUUUCCACCAACAUCCGUUUCUUCCAGUGGUCUUUACAAGAAGAUGAUUUGCCAAAAGUAGCAACAAAAGUUGGAAUGAGUCAUAGUAGUAGCGCAAUGCUUCUUCAUGGGAGGCACUUCCCGGCUGGCGAGUUUGGGUUGGUGUCCCAGAUGGCACACUGCGAUGGGUUGGUGCUGCUCCCUACAGACACCAAUGCUUAUGUCUUCAACCCGGCCACUAGAGAUGGCAUUGCUCUGCUGAGGAGUCAUCACAACGUGUUGCAACGUCCCGUAUGCCUUCCCAUUGGUUUGGGCCUUGAUGUUUCCACUGGCACAUAUAAGGUUGCACGGUCUUUCUUCCGUUCAUGUGAUUACAAUUCCGUUGCAAUGGGGAUGGAGGUCAUCACCAUUAAUUGCGGAGAGGGGUCUUGGAGGGAAACCUUGGUGGAUCCACCGUACCUUAUCCUUUGUCCGCAAACUGCCAUACACUGCAAGGGGUGUCUAUUCUAUUUCAUCGAUAGGGAAAAUCAGCCAUGCUCCCCACAGGGGCUGCUUCGUUUCAGCCUUCAAGACGAAACUUUCGGCAUCACUCCGUUGCUUAACAACCUCUACCCUACAGUUGAAGAUGAAGAUAUUGUUAUCCAUGAGCUUGGUGGGGAACUAUGCGCUACUUUCUUCUGCAAGAGUAUGCAACGAGUAUUGAUCUGGAUGACAAGAGAUAUAUUGGUCCCGGAAUGGGAAUGUCACUAUGUAAUGAAUGUUUCAGACCAGUGCUUGCCAAUGGCCUCACUUAGCAAUGGCGGGAUUCUUCUACGGAGAGGCCAUUGUCUCUUCCGUUAUUACAUGAAGGAUCAUGGUGUAAAAGAAAAUGACAUGUUCGAUAUCGAUGAGCUAAGGUUCCUUGGGCCUAGUGAAGACACAUUGGGACAUGCAUGGGAAAAUUUAUUUUGGUUCGACCUACUCUAUUACACGCCAAGUCUUGUUCCAGUUACUCCUAAGGCGAGCUUACAUGCCUCAUAA